UACCUGGACGGGGUCUAUGGGCGAUCAUGAAGGCUCAUGGCCUAGAUCAGUGACCUCCAUUGCACCGGGGAGGGGCGCUGGUCUACCAUCUCCCCAAGUGGGAGAGUGGACGUCAUAAUUUGUGUUAGAGGGGGAACGCGUUCGCGCGGCCCCCGCCAAUACUAUUCAAGUGUUCUGACGCAACUCGACAGAGUUCUGAAUUGGUUAGUGGUAAGUGAGAGCUCUUCCACCGGCCGUGUGGGAGACGACGGAGACGGAAAGGGGAGGCUGCUAUCACUCGAAGGGUGGUCGGAUCCGGAUGGAGUAACGGGUUAAUCCGCAGCCUUUCAUCCGCUUCUCCACGACCGUUGAUAAGACCAACUUUGCCUUUCGGAACCAAUCUAACGCAGACACGAAUCCUAAAGCACUGAUACUAAGAGUUGAACCCCUUCGUCGCUUUCCAUCCCACCCCCAAUCGCUCCGUCGCCGUCCCGCUCCCCACUCACCGUCUCCGCCCGCGGCCUCUCCCGGAAUCGGAUCGCGCUGCCCCAUCGUCGGCCUCCGCCUCUUCUUCCGUCCGAGGAACAAUGGCCAGCAAAUCUAGCAGUGAUAGUCGGGAGCCAGUGAAUGAGCAAAUUAUUUUAAACACAUAUGCAAACAUGCGGUCAGAAAUUAACCAGAUCUACUCAAAGAUCACUGAGCUAGAGAUGGAAGUCAGUGAACACUCUCUUGUAAUAGGUGCCAUACAACCACUUGAUCCAUCACGCCGCUGCUACCGGAUCGUUGGUGGUGUGCUGGUCGAGAGGACAAUCAAGGAAGUCGUGCCUGCUGUGCAGCGCAACAAGGAAGGUCUCGAGGAGGUCAUUGCUCGCCUCAACGAGGCACUGGAGAAUAAGAAGAAGGAGAUUUCAGAAUUUGAAUUGAAGUAUAAGAUCAAGAUAAAGAAAGCUGACAGCGAGACCAAGGAGGAUCCCAACCUAAAAGAAGGUUCUGCGCAGGGGGUUCUUGUAGGCCCUGCAAGCUAAUGGAAAGUGCUAGGAAAUCAAGUAUGGAUGUCCUUUUCAUGGCAUGCUAAAUCUGGUUUGUAUUUUCUAGGCAGAAGACAUGUUCCUGAGAAGUUUCUGUUGCAUACGAGUCCUGAUGAAUUGUCUGAUGAUAGUAAUGUAGUAAUUCAUGACUUGUGUUUGCUUCUGUGGAAGUAAACCGAUUAAUCUAUGCAUGAAUCUGUUUAAUCUAAGAA